CGCAUGCGCAAACCAUGUCACGGUCGAGUUUGCGCCAACUCCGUGGAGAGGAUGUAGCUCGGAGUGUCGGGGUUGAUGCAUUUUCCAUAACAAUCAUAAUAGUUCUGCGAUUGCGUUACUGUAAGAAAGAAACAACGGCGUCAAAUGUACAUUUUUGCAGUCGGCUUACUUCGGCUCGGACGGUAGCAACAUUCGUGGGAUUGUGUUGGUUAAUUAUCGGAUUUGGCUAGCUAGCCUGCUAGUUGGUGGUGGUAUGGAAUGGAAGGGGGUGGCCGAUCUCUACAGCAUCUUCGCAACAAGCUACAGCAAGAGCAGAAACAAGAGCCAUGGUUAGGCCUCUCACGGGCCACGUUCUCCAUUUCUGUGGGUUUCUCCAGUAUUUGUUCGACCUGGCAACAAGACGAGGCAGUUUUUGAAGCGAAGCAGCCCAUCCCUGAGCAUUUGCUGAAAGAAGACUCAUUGCAUUUGCUGGCAAUCACGAUGGUUUGCUAGCUGGCUACAGUUGCCAUUGGCGUCUCGUUCAUUUGUGGAAACGGCUAACUAGCGUUAGCUCUGCAUUGUAAACAAUCCCUUGAACUAAGCUGUUGUUGGUCCUAACUGGACCUUUUUUGCGCUGAACAGAAUCUUCCUGUGUGGAUAUUACCUUUCCGUUGCUGUUACUGUUUUCCCGAGCAGUGGCAGCCACCAAGGAUUCAUUUUCAAGCGGAGAACUCAACUGCCGUAUGAAUGUGGGACAAAAUGGAGACCCCAACGAUUGUGUACGACCUGGAUACCUCUGGGGGUCUCAUGGAGCAAAUCCAGUCCCUCUUAGCUCCCCCAAAGUCUGAGGAUGGUGAAAAAAGGAGCCGAAAGCCGGAGAAAGAGGCUCGCAGAAGUGGCAGGGCCACUAACCACGACACCUGCGAUAGCUGCCGAGAGGGAGGUGACCUGCUGUGCUGUGAUCAUUGUCCAGCCGCCUUCCACCUACAGUGCUGUAACCCACCUCUGAGCGAGGAGAUGCUGCCCCCUGGGGACUGGAUGUGUCACCGCUGCAGUGUACGCAGGAAGAAGAGGGAGCAGAGGGUGGAGCAGGUGAACGGGGCUCUGGACCGGGCGGCGGCGUCCAAGCGGUCGGGCUCGCCGGCGGGGGAGGCGGACCCGGGCGCGGUGCGGCUGGACGGCGUCCCCGGCGGGGCGGGGCUCCGGAUGGCCGUGGCGCAGGUGCGCCUCCUGGAGAGGCGGACCAGCAGCCGGCCCGGCACGCCCACCUCCAGCGCCUCCACGGACACGCCCACGCCGUCGGAGCCCAACGAGGACGAGGACCUGCUGGACGAGGACGAGGCGCCCGGCUCGGAGCCCGAGAGCGCCCCCCCGCGCCUCAAGAGGCCCUUCCAGCUGCUGAUCGCCGCCGCCAUGGAGAGGAACCCCACCCAGUUCCAGCUGCCCAACGAGCUCACCUGCACCACCGCGCUGCCAGGCAGCAGUAAGCGUAAGAGGAGGGAGGAGAUGACGGGGAAGAACGUGAAGAGGCCGCAGCAUGAGCUGGAUCAUAACGGGCUGGUCCCCUUACCAGUGAAAGUGUGCUUCACCUGUGGCAGGAGCUGCAGAGUGGCCCCCCUGAUUCAGUGCGACUAUUGCCCCCUGCUCUUCCACAUGGACUGCCUGGACCCGCCUCUCACUGCCAUGCCGACAGGCAAGUGGAUGUGCCCCAACCACAUGGAGCAUGUUGUGCUGAGUCAGAAGAACAUGACCUUGAGCAACCGCUGCCAGCUGUUCGACCACUUCCAGGACCGCAUCUCCCAGCAUGCCGUGAAGGUGGACUUCCUGCGGCGGGUCCACCGGCAGAACCCGCCCAACCGCCGCGGCGCCCACCCGCACAGGAAGAGGACGCUGAAGGUCCCCGAGGCUAUCAAGGCCCAGUACAAGUGCCCCCCCCAAAUGCUGGCCCCCGCCGGGAUCCGUGACGGGGAACUGAUCUGCACGGGCGUUCCGGAGACCCCCCAAACCCCCCCCACAGAUACCCCCCACGCAGCCAGCGAGACGGAGCAGCAGGAGUGGCUCCGUGAUGUCAUCACGCUGCAGUGCAGCAUCAUGAGGCAUCUGUCCUGCCGGAGGGGCGUGGCCUCGCACUGGGAGUCAGAGCCGCCCGAAAAGGCCGACGUGAAGCCGUGCGUGGCCCCCGCCGGCCCCCCCGCGGUGUGCAGUACCCACGCCGACCCCCAGGGGGCGCCCGAGGAGCGGGCGGGGUGCGGCACCUGCGCAGGCAGGCACUGCCAGGGCUGCCGAACUGCCAACGGGCCCACGGAGGAGACGGCCAGGGCGAACGGGCCCCUCCCCCGCGGCCCCUCCCCCGAAUCCGCCAAACCCUCCCCCGCGGCCCAGCACCGAGCGACCGGCCCCUCGGGCCCCGCCCGGCCCUGCUCGCCCGGCUCCGCCCCCGGGCCGCCCGUCAAUCACGUGGGCGGAGCCCCGAUCAAGACGGAGAACAGCUCCGCCUGCGGACAGAAGGGCCCCGCCCCCCCCUCCCCGGCCCCCGCCCCCGCCCCCGCCCAGAACGCGUGCGCCGUCGUCUCGGACCCGGGGCCGCCCCCCCAGGGCUCGGCGGGGGGCCAGGCGGCCGCGCUGACCAGCCGCAGCGUCUCCUCCCCCCCCGCCGCCACCCGGGCCCUCACCCCGCCCCGAGCGCCCCAGGACGCCGCCGCGGCCAGGCUGGCCUCCCCCACGCCCCCGUCAGACGGCAAGGCCAGUCCGCACGCCGUGUCCCCCGCCACGGGAGGUCUGUUCAGCGGCGUGAAGGGCGUCACGGAGGGAGACGGAGAGUUGGAGCUGUCUAAUCUGGAUGAGAGGUUAAUCAAACUCCUGGCCUGGCAGAGGAUCCAGCAGCUCCUCCCCCCCAAAGCCCGCCCCGCCCAGACCGCCUGCUUGACUCCGCCCCAAACCGCCAGCACUACCGCCGCCUCCCCGGCACCGUCACCCCCGCUCAGCGAAGUGCAAAAGUCGGAGGUGCAGGCGAGAGCGGUGUUCUACCCGCUGACAGGAAGGGGCGGAGUCGUGAACAUGUGCUACAGGACCCUUUACAUCGGGACAGGAGCCGAUAUGGACGUGUGCCUUACAAACUACGGUCAUUGCAAUUUCGUGUCGGGGAAGCACGCCUGCAUCUUCUAUGACGAGAACACGAAACAUUACGAGCUGCUAAACUACAGUGAGCACGGGACCACGGUGGACAACGUCCUGUACUCCUGCGACUUCUCCGAGAAGAGCUCGCCGGGCCCCGCCGGGGGGGUGGUGUCCAAAGUGCAGAGCAUCAUCCGGCGCUGCAAGAGGAGGAAACGGGAGGAGGACGGGGAGGAGGAAGAGGUCGGCGCGGAGGCGGGUCUGGGCCCGGGGGCGGGGGGCGGGGGCGUGAUGAGCCACCGCUCCCAGGGCGGGGCGCGGGCCGCCUGCGGCUGCAAGGCCAGCAGCUCCAGCCUGAUCGGGGGCAGCGGGGCGGGCUGGGAGGGCACGGCCCUGCUCCACCACGGCAGCUGCGUCAAGCUGGGCUGCCUGCAGUUCGUCUUCAGCGUGGCCGAGUUCGCCCGCAAGCAGCCCAAAGAGGAGGCCGCCCCCCCCGCGCCGACCGCCCUCGGCCACCAGGGGGCGACGGAGCCCGACGACAAGCAGACUCUCAAACUCUACGAAGUGCCGGCGCUGCGCUCCAGCUCUGUUCCAUAACCCCGCCCCCCCACUUCCUGUUCCAUAACCCCGCCCACC